CCUAUAUAUUCCGCGCGAGUUCCUGAUCGCCCUUCCGGGACCGUUCGCUACUUCCCUCGCUUCAUCUCAUCUUCGUGUCUAUCUUGCUUGGUAUCCAACCCUGCAGAGGCUCGCUUGUCUUUCGACCCGCUCCUCAACACUAGCCUCCUGUCGCCAUGACUGGACCGCCUCCUGCCAACGCUCCCGAGAAAAAAUCGGACAUUGACGAGCACAACUUGACCCUGGAGCAAGUUUGUGAACGUUAUGGCACCGUCAUCGAUGCCACCAAGCCCACCAACUCGACCGGUCUGACCAAAGAGUCAGCCGCCGCCAAGUUGGUUGAGUACGGCCCAAACGUCCUCUCUCCUCCCAAGAAGAAGCAUCCCCUCGUCCGCUACCUGGAGAUGCUGGCCGGUCUCUUCAACCUCAUGUUGAUCGUUGCCGGUAUUGCGACCUACGUUCUGUAUGGCAUUGAUCCCAUCGACAACGCCCCCAACGUCUAUCUCGGCGCCAUUCUGAUCGCUGUGGCUUUCUUGAACGCUGCCAUUGAGUUCUACCAACACCAGAAGAGUGCCUCGAUUCUCGAGUCGUUCCUGACCAUGAUCCCGUCCAAGUGUAACGCCAUCCGUGAUGGCCAGAUCGCCAGCAUCGCCGCCGCUGAUCUCGUUCCCGGUGAUAUCGUCUUCAUUCGCAUGGGCGACAAGGUUCCUGCCGAUAUCCGCAUGUUCUCCGUGGCCGAUCUGAAGGUCGACAACUCCUCGCUCACUGGUGAAUCCGAUCCCCAAGAGCGCAAGAUCGCCAACACCCACAAGAACCCGCUUGAGGCCACCAACCUGAUCUUCAACGGCUCGCUCGCCGUCGCCGGUGAGGGAUACGGUAUUGUCAUCCGAACCGGCGACAACACCGUCCUUGGCCAGAUCGCCAACUUGACCUCGAGCGAGAAGAAGCGUCGGUCUCCUCUCUCCGAGGAGAUUGACCAAUUCGUCAAGAUCAUCACUGCCUUUGCCAUCACCACCGCCAUCAUCUUCUUCAUCGUCGGUUGGGUUGAGGGCGGCGUCAACUUUGGCCUCAACGCUGGUAUCGGCACGCUCGUCGCCUGGGUUCCGGAAGGUCUCUAUGCCACCAUCUCGAUGCUUCUGACCAUCGCUGCCAAGCGCAUGGCCAACAAGAACGCUCUCGUCAAGGAUCUCCAGGGUGUCGAGACCCUCGGUGCCAUCACCCUUCUGGCCACCGACAAGACCGGCACCUUGACCCGUAACCAGAUGACCGUCACCAACAUGUGGACCAAUGCCACUCUCUUCAACGUCACUGCCUCGGCCGAUGGCCUCGAGGACGGCGAGGUCUCUCUCGACGACAAGGCCAGCGGUGUCACCGAGAUUGUUCACAUCUCGGCCAUGUGCACCCGCGCCCGCUUCAACCGCACGGACCUUCCCUUGGCCAAGCGCGAUAUCAGCGGUGACGCCACCGAGUCCGGUCUGUUGCGCUUUGCCUCUGCCCGCCUGCCCAACAUCGACACAAUCCUCGACGAAUAUCCCAAGGUCUGCGAGCUGCCCUUCAACUCUGACACCAAGUGGCAUCUGUCCAUCAACCAGAAGCCCCACGCCGACGGUGUCUACACCAUUUUGAUGAAGGGUGCCCCCGAGCGUGUUCUCCGCGUCUGCUCCACCAUCCUUAUCGAUGGCCAGAACGUCGAGCUGACUGACGACCAUCGCAACCAGUUCGAGACUUCCUACGAGCACAUGGCCGGAAAGGGCCACCGUGUCCUUGCCUUUGCCCAGCUCCAGCUCAAGGGUAGCGACUUCCCCUCCGGCUUCGUCUUUGACAAGGAGAAGAAGAACUUCCCGACCGAGGGCCUCAGCUUUGUCGGCCUUGUCAGUCUCGAGGAUCCUCCCAAGCACGGUGUCCGUGAAGCCAUUGGCAAGUGCCGUAUGGCCGGUGUCCGAGUCAUGAUGGUUACUGGUGACCACCCCCUUACCGCCGAAGCCAUCGGCCGCAAGAUCAACCUGAUGCUUGGCGAGACCAGGGAGCGCGUUGCCAAGCGCACCGGCCGUCCCGUCGAGUCCAUCAAGGAGGACGAGUACAACGCCAUCGUUAUCCACGGCGAGCGUAUCGCCACCCUGACCGAUGCCGAGUGGGACAACAUCUUUGAAAAGGACGAGAUUAUCUUUGCCCGCACCUCUCCCAAGAACAAGCUUGAGAUUGUCAAGCGCGCCCAGGCCCUCGGCCACAUUGUCGGUGUCACCGGCGAUGGUGUCAACGACUCUCCUGCUCUCAAGAAGGCCGAUCUGGGUAUUGCCAUGAACCUCUCCGGCUCGGAUGUCUCGAAGGAGGCUGCUGCCAUGAUUCUCCUGGACGACAACUUUGCCUCUACUGUUGCCGGCAUCGCCGAGGGCCGUCUGAUUUUCGCCAACCUCAAGAAGAGUAUCCAGUACACCGUGACCCACAGUAUCCCCGAGGUCAUUCCCUUCCUCCUUUCCGUCGUCGUUCCUCUGCCUGCCGCCCUCAGCUCCAUCCAGAUUCUCUUCAUCGAUCUUGGCUUUGAGCUCUUUGCUGCUCUGUCCUACGCCUGGGAGCCUCCGGAGGGUGCCGAUGACAGCUUGAUGAUGCUGCCCCCUCGCAAGCCUGUGACCCCCGAAUCCGUCGAGCGUCUCCGCCGUGACAUCAAGGAGCUCCAGGACCUCAAGCUGGUCGAGCCCGUCGAUCCCGGAAACCCCAUGGCUGAGCAGCGCGUCAUCUCCAAGGGUGGUAUGAUCCUGAACAAGAUUAAGCGUGUCUUUAACGGCAAAUGGCUGAAGGGUAUGCGCGAAAGUGAAGGCGAAGUCUUGGUUGACGGCGAGGCUCUGUCGUGGGCCUACCUCGAAGCCGGCUUUAUCGAAACGAUUGGUGGUCUCGUUGCCUUCUUCUUGGUCCUGAACGAAGCCGGAGUCACUCCCAAGGAUCUGCGCGAUGCCACCAGCGCCGGUGGAAACUACUUCAACAAUGACAACUCGCCUUCGUACACCUUGCUCAACGGCGCUACUCUGUCUGGCAGCCAGCAAUACGAGCUCAUCCGCCGCGCUCAGUCGAUUUACUACGCCUCUGUGCUGAUCAUGCAAGUCUUCAACUUGUUCGCCUGCAAGUCCAAGCUCAAGCUGCCCUUUGGCAAGCACAUGGUCAAGAACUCGUACACUUGGUGGUGUGUCCUCGGUGCUCUGUGUGUCGGUGUCAUUGUCGUUUACGUUCCUCCCCUCAACAUCUUCAUGAACAGCUCCUAUCUGCUGAACCCCAAGUGGCUGCUGGUCCCCAUCGGAUUUGGUUUCUACCUGUUCUUGUACUCUGCUCUGAGACGAUUCAUCCUCCAGAAGUUGAAGCCCAUCAAGUACACCGAGCAGAUCCAGGGUCUCAUGAUGUUCCCUACUCGCAUGUCCGCCACCCGCACCCGCACCCGCUAAGCAUAGUGGCCUAUCGCCCAGCCUCCAUUCUUUCUAUUCAUUCAACUCAUCCUUGGCAAGACUUUUGGGCCCGCUUCAUCGUGGCGCUGUGCAAGCGGACUGCCUUUGCACGACGCGCGGUCCUUCAGUAGAUAGUUCAAUUCCUUGGCUUUCAAUAGAAUGCAGGAGUGGCGGUCGCCGCAGUUGAUCCAGGUUGCUGUGUUGCAUCCGGCAACAGACACCACCCGACUGCGGCAGCCGCUUUUGCAGGCGCUGCUUUUUCUUCCCAUCAUUUCUCUGUUCAAUCCAUUCGUGGUGUCCAAGUCCAAUAUAUCUCAAUGCGAACCGCGAACCGCAAA